UAAGGAAAUUCUAAAUCAUGGAUCACACAGAACGGAUAGUUUUGUUGGUUGAUAUGGACUGCUUCUAUUGCCAGGUUGAGGAAGUCUUGAAUCCAGAAUUAAAAGGAAAACCAAUUGCUGUUGUCCAGCACAAUUCUUGGAAAGGUGGAGGUAUAAUCGCUGUUAAUUAUCCUGCGAGGUACAAAGGCGUUACGAGACAUAUGAGAGGCAACGAAGCGAAGGAAAAGUGCCCGGAAAUCGUGCUGGUCAGAGUGCCAAAUUUUAGAGGAAAAGCCGAUUUAUCCAAGUAUAGAGAUGCGGGAAAACGCGUCGCCGAUUUUUUAUUGAAAUUCACAAAACUGUUAGAAAGAGCUUCAGUGGAUGAAGCUUAUUUGGAUAUAACUGAUUCGGUUUGCGAGAGGAUUUCUUUACAUAAAGAUUUAACAUCCAAAGAUUUACCAAAUACAAAAAUUGUAGGAUACGAUCAUGUGGAUCAUUACUUAACCGACGUUUCAGAUCUGCACAACGAUGCUAAUUUGAAAUUGGCAAUUGGUGGGAUGAUUGCCGAAGAGAUCAGGAGACAAGUUUUUGAAGAAACUGGGUAUACUUGUUCGGCGGGAAUUGCGCAUAAUAAGAUAUUAGCAAAACUAGUAUGUGGUUUGCACAAACCGAACCAGCAGACCAUUUUACCGCAAGAGAAUGUCGCAGAGUUGUACGAGAAAAUUCCGGUGAAGAAAAUCAAAUCUUUAGGUGGGAAAUUCGGGUCACAUUUAUCCGAAAAAUUGAAAAUAACGAAUAUGAUUGAAUUGGCGAGAUUUACUAAAGAGGAUCUUAUCAAAUCAUUCGAUGAGAAGACCGGUUGUUGGCUCUAUAAUAUUGCGAGAGGAAUCGAUUUGGAGCCGGUGACUACUCGAUUGAUCUCGAAAUCCAUUGGUUGCUGCAAGAAGUUUGCCGGAAAAGCGUCUCUGACAACCAUCGAAUCUGUGCAGCAUUGGCUCAAGGAAUUGUCCAUAGAAAUGGCGGUCAGAUUGGAGGAAGACGUUCAGGAUAAUAAUCGGAAACCGAGGCAGAUGGUUGUCAGUUACGUGAACAAAGUGGGAAGAAAAGAUGUGUCAUGUUCGAGAACGCAUCCGAUCUCUUCAGUUGAAACCGAUUACAUUAUGGGGGAAGCAUUCAAAGUGUUAACAAAGAACGGCAUCAGCAAGGAGGAAAAGUUUUGUUUGCAAUUCCUCGGUCUCAGCGCUGGAAAAUUCGAUGAAGUUAAAAAGAGUUGCGACAUUACAACGUUCUUUAAAAAAGCUGAAGCUGUUAACGAAAUACGAGAUCUCGAUGAGGGAAAUACGACGAAAAGUGCAAUUGAAAAUAAUCAAAUACAUGAAGUAAAUAAGCCGAUUGAUUUGGAUGAAAAUACUAAUGUUUCGCUUCUUAAUCAAACCGAAAAUUCAAAUGAAGUAUCGAUUGAACGAUUUGUAGAAAAUGUAAAUGAAGUAUCUGAAGAAUCGGCUGAUUCUAUUACCGAUGAAAUCGCGGAAAAAUCUGUUCCGUCGUUUUUUCAAAACUAUUUGAAAACUGAUGCGGUCGAACGCAAUUUCGAUACGUCUGUGAUACUGGAAGAGAAUAUCGAUGAUAUCAUUGAUGAAGUGAUAGAUGAUGAAUUGCAGGAUAUAAAAUCGGAAGUUGUGGCUACAACCAGUAACAAUAACAUUAGUGAUUUUCAAAUGGAUGAUGAUGGAUCAGUGCAAAACUGUCCGCAAUGCAACAAGAAAAUCGCAUCUGAAGAUAUGGUCUCACAUAUGGAUUAUCAUUUCGCUUUGAAAAUAGUUUCAGACGAAUCUCAUCUGUACAAAAGACCUGUGCAGAGUAAAGAGAAUAUUAAAAAUACUCCGAAACGCGGUAAAGAGCAAACGCUCGGUAAAAAGCAAACCGUUACGAGCAGCAAAGACAAGCAAACUGUACAAAGCAGCAAAACGAAAAAGAGGAAAAGCGAUACCAAAUGCUUGAAACUUACGAAUUUCUUCGCAUCGAGAGAUGGCAGUGUUGAAGAUGAUUCGAAUAGCACGGUGUGUUCGUUGUGUAAAUUGAAAAUAGGAGUACAAGACUUUGAUAGUCACAUGGACUAUCAUUUUGCUAAAAAAAUACACCUGGAACUUAAUCCUCCUACAACUGUGAUAGGGAAAACCAAUAAAGUGGCACAAAGUAAGAAGAAGAACGGCGCUGGCGAUAUAACAAACUUCUUCAAGUCCCAAUAAUGUUUUAUUCAUAUUAAAUAAAUUAAUCAUUUUUUAUUAUUA